AUGUCAUUUGGUAGAACACCCAACAUUGAUAUUUACAAAAUAACUCCACCUGAACGUGGAAGUUUUCCUUUGGAUCAUGAAGGUGAGUGUAAAAAACUUAUGUUGGAAUAUUUAAAAUGUUUAAAACAAAAUAAUGGAAAUAAUGGAAAUUGUAGGCAUUUAUCAAAAUCAUAUUUAAAAUGUCGAAUGGAAAAAGGGUUAAUGCUUUCUGACGACAUGAAAAAUCUUGGAUUUCAUGAUGAAAGUAGUAACAAUCAAAUUAUAUAG